CGCCUGCCCACCAUCCAUCAAAAACCCCAACCGUUUCGAUUGGAUGGGAUCUGUGGGACUGGGCUAUUAAAGGUGUAAUAAGUAAAAGUCCCGCAUUAAAUGGCCAUUUGUUUUUUGUAGUUUUUAAACACACUUUCCGCGCCUUUUCUUCAGAUAGAAAUGCUAGCAUGGUUCCCUUACGUAAGGCGCCAUUGCGGCUAAAAAGGGAACUCUGAGCGGUUGGAAACUCGGAUAGAACAGCUGGUUGUCAGACCAAAAACUCGAAUCGAGCGAACGUAUUUUGCCGAUUGCCGAUUUAAUGCCGCUGCACUUGUGAACGGGCGCCGACCGAGUAAAACUGAAUUGUAAAUGCGGACCGCGAACGAUACCACACUCAAUAACUAAGCGCUACCAGGCCGCAAAUAAUGCAAACCACUAGAGUGCACCUCUAUUGACCGGUUGAUCGGCGACAUUGCAGUUGCAAUUGCAAUACCACUUACCACAAAUGCGCUUGGUCGCUCGAUGUCCAAAGUUCUAUAAGAAUAUCAAGAGAAGAUACCGACUGUGCGUGUGGGAAAAUCCAACAAAAAUACAGAGGCACAGCUAUCUGAUUGUGAGAUAACCGGUGCAAUUAGUGAAAGUAAGAGUCGACGGCACCAGCUUUAUGCAACUCGAUUUUAUCGACCAAACAACCGGCUUUUGCUGAAUCAGCGAAUUUUUUUUAAACAUCCCGCCAAGAUUCAGUGUUGUGAAACGCAGCGCCGCUGUUAAAUUGAGAUUAGGUGGCAGCACGGCCAUGUUUUUCAUGCAUUUUGCAUGCGGCAUUGAAAAUUUGGGGAAUCGUUAAACAAAACCGACCUAAAAUGAGCGAGCAAAGCAGCAAACUGUUCAUGAAACGGAUGCCCUGCUCCCUGGAGGAACUGGGGCAGCUGAUCCAGGAGUGCAAGCUGAUCCUGCCGCGGUCACUGAACAGUUACGGCCGGAAAAGGGUGCUCCUGGAGUACGCAGAUCCGCAGGAGGCUCAAAAGGCCUUGGAGCAGCUGCAUGGGCUAAGCGAAAUGCUGGACAAACCGCUGUGCAUCAGCGCCUUUGUACCACGUACCACUGCGGGAGCCACCAGUGCCAGCAAAUCCACGCAGACCAAGGCAGAGCGCACCGAUUCCCAGAAACAGGAUCCGGAAAUCGACAAGUACGUUCGAAGGCUAUAUGCCUGCAAUAACCAGUGCGACUUCACCCAGCCGCCGCCGCCAUACCUCCGCUAUAGCUAUCCACCCAUCAACGGGGAAAUCCUAGCCAGGAUCGGUCAGAGCCUGCAGUCAAACACGCGCUUCUACACCCAAGUCCUGCACCUGAUGAACCGCAUGAAUCUGGAGCCACCCUUUGAGAAGCGCCCCAGUGGCUUGAUGGUCCAAAGUUUUCGGCAAACUGUGGCCACCCAAACGGAGGUCAUGGCCAGCGAAUCGGAAAGCGAGCUGGAGAGCGAGGAUGAGGAGCAAAAGAGGGCCAAAAGGCAGCGAUUGCUGCCACCUUCAAGCGAAAAGAUCCAAAAGAGGACGCGUCACAUGCUGCAGCAGGCUGUCCAUCAAGCUAGUCACCCAAAUCCCAGGCGGGAAACUCAAUUACCCACCUUCAAUGCACCCAAAAUCGAGCUCAAACUGCCAGAGACCCUCAAGCCAGCCACCUCAAAGCCAGAGGGGCGUCUGUCCGCCAGCGAGCUCCAGGCUCUGCCUGUCUAUAGGAACUACAAAGCGGGGCAGCCCAGCAACAAGCUGUACAUCAAGAACCUGGAAAAGAGCGUGGAUGAAGGGCAACUGAGGGAUCUAUAUGCCAAGUACACGGCCCCCGACAAUUUGGAGAUCAAAGUCAUGCAGCAGGGUCGCAUGAAGGGGCAGGCCUUUGUGACCUUCCUUAACAAGCCCAACGAGCCGGAGAUCAUAGCCCAAGCCCUCGGCGAGACCAAUGGCCUGCUGUGGCACAGCAAACCCAUGAUCGUGUGCUACGGCAAACAGCAGUAGGAGAAGACAACUGGGCCUCAUCGAUACUAUAUACGUGGACGGAGCUCGUCCAGAUCCAGCCAACGAUCCCGAGGAGUCGCUCAACGAGGACGAAAUCACAGCUGCCAACACAGUGCCCGUCAAAAGCAAGAAGUCCAGGAAGUCAA